AUUUAUACGCGACGUGUCUCUGCCGCAAGUUGUGGACAUCAGUUUCAAACUUUACUUGCAAUUUAUCCGAUCACGUCUCCAAUGGCAAGCAUGUUUGGCUAGUAGGACUAGUACUUACUCCGUCCCAUCACUUGAAUUUGUUUCGGGAGCCUCCGAGCCAAAUGAUAUUGGAUGGGCUUCCGAAGGCGCUCCCUCUUUCUCCGUGCUGCGACCUACUAUGUACGCAACCAGCGUUGAUAUGUUGAUACGGUGUCAACAAUGGAUCUCCGAUCUCGUAAAUGCUUCCGUGAUGUCUCACUACUUCAAGCUUCGGUUUGCCACUCCUUCCACUGUGGCCUUGGGGUGCUUAUAAGAACAACGUGCCCUUGGAUCCACCUGUGACCCGGUAAGGAUGAUAACCUCCUUUCUUUCAGCAGGCGCUGCAUGCGUUACUGCUAUUGGCUUAUGGGUUACAAUUCGCAUCACUAGGAGGAGAUCUAGCCUACCUUACCCUCCAGGACCCAAGCAAUUACCCAUUAUUGGAAAUGCAUUUGACAUUAAUCUCAAGGAGCCCCACGUCACAUACACAGAGUGGGGAAAGACUUACGGGGACAUUGUUUAUUCCUGCAUAUUUGGACAGGAUAUUGUCAUCGUGAAUUCCGAGAAGAUGGCACGACUCCUGGCUGAGCAACGGUCUUCCGUUUACUCAGAUCGCCCUCACUCACCUAUUUAUCAACUCUUCGGUACCCAUCACAUGACCCCUGUUCUGGAAUAUGGAAAGGAAUGGAAGAGGCAGCGAAAACUCCUCCACCUUAGCCUUCGCAAUGAUGUUAUCGAUCGUUAUCAAGAAUUACAUCUCCGCAGUGCUCAUCGACUUCUGGAAAACAUACAACAGGACAGUAAAAAUUUCUACAGUCACAUCGAUCUGUAUACUGCGUCUGCUGCCCUUGAGUUCACUUAUGGGCGUGAAGUGGAUGGGAAGAAUGACCCUGUCAUUACAAUGGCGACUGGCUUAGCGGAAAUUAUGGCAAAGGGGUUGACCGUCGAAAGAGUUGGAUUGCUGACAGCUUUACCAAUUCUCAAAUAUGUUCCCUCCUGGUUUCCCGGUGCUGCAUUCCAGGAUGAAGCUCGAAAGUGCAGGGGUAUGGUAGCCUCUUUCUCUGACUUUCCUUUUUCCAUGGCGAAGAAACAAGCGGAAACCGGUGGAUUGCAGCCCAGUUUCAUUUCUGACAUGCUAGGGCAGGGGGAGGUGGAAGUGGAGGAGUCAGACGCAAAGGAGACGGCUGCAGGAAUUUAUAUAGCUGCGGGAGAAACCACCUCUUCGACGUUGAAAGUUCUCGUGCUAGCUAUGUUACUGAACCCCGCGAUCCAAGACAAGGUUCAUGCGGAACUAGACGUUGUCGUUGGAAAGGGCGUGUUACCCACAUUCGAGGACAGAGAGCGCUUGCCGUAUUUGCAGGCUGUAUUGUACGAGGUCAUGAGAUGGCACCCUGCCUUGCCCCUAGGUGUCCCCCAUGCCACAUCUACCAGUGACAUCGUAGAAGGCUAUUACAUCCCGAAAGGGACCCUAGUGAUAUUCAAUACCUGGGCCAUGUCGAAUCAGUACAAUGAUCCCGAAUGUUUCGAUCCCGGUCGAUACCUCACACCAGAUGGGAAGUUAAAACCGGACGCACAACAGGACAACUCGCAGUACUUUGGUUUUGGAAGGAGGGUCUGUCCCGGACGCUUCUUCGCAGGUGAUUCACUAUGGGCGGCUGCCGCAGUGUUGCUGUCUGCUUUUCGUUUCGAGAAGGCCAGAGAUGCCUUUGGCAAGGAGAUCGAGAUCGAGCCAGUCUUUCGACACGGCAUGGUUAGUCACCCCGAGCCAUAUCGAUGCUCAAUCAUUAGCAGAACUGGUGCAGGCGACGGAAAUUAGCUUAAAAGAUCUUUUCCUGCGUCACAUGUAUGAGGCAAGCGAGGAUAUGUAGAUGUACAAAUAUGCUCCCCAUGCACAAACCAUUGAAUAUGAAGAUUGGUCGAUGCAAACAAGGAG